AUGGCGGACGAGGAGGGUGAAGGGCUGCAGCGCUCGGCGCCGGCUCCGCACCGCAACGGGGGGGGCGGGCCCGGGGCGGGGGGCCCCCGCGUCGUCCGCAUCGUCAAGUCGGAGUCCGGCUACGGCUUCAACGUGCGGGGCCAAGUGAGCGAGGGCGGCCAGCUGCGGAGCAUCAACGGGGAGCUGUACGCGCCGCUGCAGCAUGUCAGCGCCGUGCUGGGCGGGGGGGCGGCCGACCGCGCCGGGGUGCGCAAGGGGGACCGCAUCCUGGAGGUGAAUGGUGUGAAUGUAGAAGGGGCAACGCACAAGCAGGUGGUGGACCUGAUUCGAGCAGGAGAGAAGGAGUUAAUACUGACAGUGUUAUCCGUUCCGCCCCAUGAGGCUGAUAACCUCGACCCCGGCGACGACUCUUUGGGGCAGUCGUUCUAUGACUACACCGAAAAGCAAGCUGUGCCCAUCUCCAUCCCCACAUACAAACACGUGGAGCAGAACGGCGAGAAGUUUGUGGUUUACAAUGUUUACAUGGCAGGGAGGCAGCUGUGUUCGAAGCGGUACCGGGAGUUUGCCAUCCUCCACCAGAACCUGAAGCGGGAGUUUGCCAAUUUCACCUUUCCACGCUUGCCGGGGAAAUGGCCUUUCUCUUUAUCGGAGCAGCAGUUGGAUGCCAGGCGCCGAGGGCUUGAGGAGUAUCUAGAGAAAGUAUGUUCCAUACGAGUCAUUGGGGAGAGCGACAUCAUGCAGGAGUUCUUAUCGGAAUCGGACGAGAAUUACAAUGGUGUGUCAGAUGUGGAACUAAGAGUAGCACUACCGGACACAACAACAGUGACAGUCAGGGUCAAAAAGAACAGCACUACAGACCAGGUGUAUCAGGCUGUGGCUGCUAAAGUAGGAAUGGACAGCACUACAGCAAACUACUUUGCCUUGUUUGAAGUGAUCAAUCACUCCUUUGUGCGUAAACUAGCGCCCAAUGAAUUCCCACACAAGCUGUACGUACAGAACUACACGUCGGCGGUGCCGGGGACUUGUCUGACGAUCAGGAAAUGGCUCUUCACUACAGAAGAGGAAGCCCUCCUGAAUGACAAUGACCUCGCAGUUACCUACUUCUUCCACCAGGCUGUAGAUGAUGUGAAGAAAGGUUGCAUCAAAGCCGAGGAAAAGUCCUACCAGUUACAGAAGCUGUCUGAGCAGAAAAAGAUGGUCAUGUAUUUAAACAUGCUGCGGACAUGUGAGGGUUACAAUGAGAUCAUCUUCCCCCACUGCUCCUGUGACUCCCGGCGAAAGGGUCAUGUGAUCACAGCCAUCAGCAUCAAGCACUUUAAACUCCACGCCUGCACAGAGGAGGGUCAGCUAGAGAACCAGGUAAUAGCAUUUGAGUGGGACGAGAUGCAGCGGUGGGACACAGACGAAGAGGGAAUGGCAUUCUGUUUUGAAUACGCACGAGGAGAGAAGAAACCUCGAUGGGUUAAAAUCUUCACCCCAUAUUUCAACUACAUGCACGAGUGCUUCGAGCGGGUGUUCUGUGAGCUCAAGUGGAGGAAGGAGGUGGAGGAGGAAGCGACAGACAAGGAUAACAAGAACUUCAGUAAAGACAAUAUGUGCAGCAAGAAUAUCUUUCAGAUGGCCAGAUCACAGCAGAGAGACGCCGCCACUUAGCCCCUCCUGUCGUGGAAGAACGUAAACCCCCCCAAAAUUAACACUUAAAAAAAGAUUUAAAAAAUUCUGUUAUUGUAUUAAAAGCCCUUAAACUAAA